AGGUUAAUUAAAGGUGUUUAAAAGACUUAAAGAAGUAUUUUAGACACUCAAAAUAUCAAGAGUAAGAUUCGCAGACCCAAAUGGUCGACACAAACGGUCAACCGGUGUAUUUAACUUCAAAAACGGACCACGACUGUGAGCCAAACGGUCGACCGCGGGUGGCUGACGGUUGACCGCCGCCUGCCUAGCCGAGGAUCGCCGUACCAGUCAGCCAACAACGGUCGACCGCCGGUCAACCGCGGUCGACCGUCACGGUGAUCUGAGAUUGACGAAAUAAUUUUAAGCACGGUCGACCGCUAUGCUAAAUGGUCGACCGUACGGAACCCAGUAGCUUGAUCAAAUGAUAUUUUAAUCAUGUUUCAUCCAAAUAAACUAAUGCAUGAUUAUAUAUUCAUAUUGUUUGCAAAUUGUUCACAUCAUAUCAUUCAUUUCAUCACUCAUAUUGAAGCAUAUCACAUCAUGUGCAUGCGUAAGAGAUCAUGCCUAGUGCGUCUCUUAUAGCGUGAUUGUGCGGGACUUAGUAAUCCGACAUCACAAGUUCGGGCUUAGUGUACGUACAUGGUAUUCAGGUCUCCGGGUACCACCCCUAUUUUUCCAGUCUCACCUCAUUCGUGAGACUAAGGCCGCGUGAGUUCGUCGUACCAAAUGGGCGAAUCUCAUAGCGCAAGAGUGUCCUUGCAAGUUAUAGGAUCAUGUAUCAUGUUACCAUCAUCAAGUACAAUUACAUUGAUUACAUAGGUGUCAUGUAAUCAUCAUCAAGAAAAAGUAUAUUGAUUACAUAGGUAUCAUGUAAUCAUCCUCACAAGCAAAUUGAUUAAAUGUGCCAUCAUGUAAUUAUCAUUAAAUAUUUAUCAUCAUGAUUCAUCAAAUUGACCAUAUGAUAAUAUGUGCCACAUCAUGAAUGUUACUAUACAUUUUGUGGACGUAUAUAUAUGUAUAUGUAUAUGUCUGUGAAUCAUUCUACAAUUCUAGCGUGGUACCACUCAGCGGUUUCGCUGAGCGUGUAGUUUGUAUUUUUCGUUGACUUUACGUAGGUAAUAAGAAGACAAUGAUGGAACCACUCCCGGAGGGCAUUGAGUCAGAGGAGAUGCAAGGAUGGCAGGCAAAUGUGCCACAUCAUGAAUGUUACUAUACAUUUUGUGGACGUAUAUAUAUGUAUAUGUAUAUUUCUGUGAAUCAUUCUACAAUUCUAGCGUGGUACCACUCAGCGGUUUCGCUGAGCGUGUAGUUUGUAUUUUUCGUUGACUUUACGUAGGUAAUAAGAAGACAAUGAUGGAACCACUCCCGGAGGGCAUUGACUCAGAGGAGAUGCAAGGAUGGCAGGCAAAUGUUUGGUCAUCAGAUUUUAAAUGUUUCAUGAUUUGAUUAUUAUUGUACUUCCGCAUUACUCUGAAAAUAUUUUUAAAUGGGUCGCGAUCCAGAGUCUGUGAAAACCGUGGAGGACACUGGAAAAUGGUGUGCCUACCACCGCAAGAAUGAUCACAACACAGAUGACUGCUAUACCCUGAAGAAUGAGAUGGCGAGGCUAAUCUGCCGGGGCCAUCUGAAGAAGUUUGUACAAGAUGGUGACGCGGAAAAUCCCGGGAACGCUCAGAAUGGGAAGCGUAGAGAUAAGGAGGUGGCCCAGGCCCGGGAAAAACGCCACAUCGGGCUUGAAGAUGAGGAGGAGGAUUCAGAGCCCGCACCAUACCGCCAGAAGAGACCCCACGGGUGUAACUUCAUCAUUGGAGGGAAUACUGGCGGAGACUCGGCCACGAGCCGGAAGAAGUGGGCCAACGCGGCGAUGGUCAAUAAGGUGCUGGUCCCGGAAAAUUGUGCCGUCAGUACUGUGAUUGUGAGGGAAGAGAAUGGGGCCCAACAUCCGGUCUACUACGUCAGCAAGACCUUGAGAGAUGCAGAGAGAUUAACCUCGUACUUUCAAGCGCACCGGAUUGUAGUGCUCACCAAUGAGCCUUUGGCGUCACUCACCCGGAGUUCAGCGGCAUCUUUCCGGAUGACCAAGUGGGUGGUCUUCAUCAAUCAGUACAAUGUGGAGUUCAGGCCGCGUCCAUCAAUCAAAGGGCAGGCACUCGCCGACUUUCAGGUUGAGUGUACUGCCAGGGAGAUGACAAGAGCCCAGGCCGGGACCCGGGUGGAAGACGACUGGUGGGUGAUGAGUAUUGACGGAUCUUCUGGGUCUCAAUCUUGCGGAGAAGCCGAAUAUGAGGCCCUGAUCAAUGGACUGAGAAUUCUCGGCAAGCUGGGAGUGUCCAGGGUUCAGGUAUACAGCGACUCCCACUUGGUUGUGGGAAAAAUCACUAGGGAGUUCGAAGCAAAGGAAGAAAGGAUGAGGAGGUAUCGAGACUUGUUCUUGGAAAUGUUGGGAAGGUUCGAGUUUAAGCUUGAACACAUACCCGGAGCGCAAAACGCGGAAGCUGAUGUUAUGUCCAAGCUUAGCGCAGAAUCACCAGAGUAUAUAAGCAAAUUAGCAACGGUGGAAGAGUUGGCAACCCCAAGUCUUAACAGGGACGAACAUACGAAGGUGUCUGUAGCCUAUCCCCAAGCUAAUGGUCAGGUGGAGAAGGUCAACAGAACAAUCAUAAAUGGAAUAAAGAAGAAAUUGCUAUCAGAAGGAAGCAAAUGGGUGGAUGAACUACCCAGAAUCCUGUGGGCGUACAGGACAACUCCAAGAAGGGCUACGGGUGAUACUCCUUUUGGCUUAGCCUAUGGUUUUGAAGCCCGGGCUCCAGCUGAGACGGUGAUCCCUACCAAGAGAGACAUGGAAUAUGACCCGGAAGUGAACGAACAAAAUCAGGCCAUAGAGCUUAACUUCAUAGAGGAACGAAGGGAUGAAGCGCGGAUCCGGGCAGAGAAUUAUCGUCGCCAGGUGAAAUCUUACUUUGAUAGUAGGGUGAAACCGAGGGUGUUCCAGGUGGGAGAUUAUGUCUUGAGGAAACGAGAGAAGAGUCAACCAACUAAGGGUGGAAAGCUCGCUAAGAAAUAUGAAGGACCUUAUAUCAUCAAGGCCGUUUUUCGCCCAGGAGUGACCGAGGGACAAUCAACCACGAGGCCACCAUUGUUCGAUGGAACAAACUACUCGUAUUGGAAGGGGAGGAUGAGAAUCUUUAUCCAAUCCAACGACUACAAGUGGUGGUUGAUUGUGAAGAACGGAUGCGGAGUCCCUAUGAAGAAAGUCGGUGAAGUCAACGUCCCCAAAAUAGAAGAGGAGUUCACCGACGAAGAUUGCAAAAAGAUGGAGCUCAACGCAAAGGCAAUAAACAUGAUUUAUUGUGGUGUUAAUGCGGAUGACUACCGCAAAAUCUCGCGGUGUGAAACCGCAAAACAAAUGUGGGAGAAAUUGGAGGUCACCUACGAAGGAACCGCGCAGGUUCGGGAGGCCAAAAUUGACCAUCUCACUCACGAGUAUGAACUCUUUUCAAUGAAGGAAAAUGAGAAGAUUGAGGAAAUGUUUGAGAGAUUUUCUAACAUCAUCAAUCCUCUCAAUCUUCUCGGGAAGACAUACACCGACCGAGAGCUCGUGAGAAAGGUGCUGCGAAGCCUAUCCCCCAAAUGGCGUUCAAAGGUGGACGCAAUCGAAGAAGGUCGUGAUUUCCAAACAACGACCUAUGAUGCUCUUCGAGGUAAUCUUAUUGCCUACGAAACCACCCAACUCUCAAAGGUGGUUGAAGAGAGGAACAAGAGGUCUAUUGCUCUACCUGCAACAACAUCAACCCACAACAACGUUGAUGAUGAAUAUGAUGACAUCGAUGACACCGACCUCGGACACUUUGUCCGGAAAUUCAAGAAGAUGAUGCUCAAGAACGGAGCCAAGAAGAACACUCCACCCAAAUGCUAUGGGUGUGGUGAAAUUGGACACAUCAAACCAAUGUGCCCAAAGCUCAAGAACGAGAAGGACAAGAAGGCACCGAAGAAGCAAUGUGCCUACAUUUCUUGGGAGAACGACGGCUCCGGGAGUGAAGACUCGGAAAUGGAGGAAGUGGCCAACUUAUGUCUCAUGGCCAUUAAAGAUGGUAUUGUUGAUAAUGUUGCAGGUUCUUAUGAUGAUGAAGAAGAAAUCGUUAAGGAAAAGGAACCGGAAGAAGAGAAAACGCAGGAACAAACGGAGCUUCCUAAGGAAUGGAGAACAUUGAAGAACCACCCGAUUGACAAUGUCAUUGGUGACAUAACGCAGGGAGUUUCUACUCGAAGGAUGCCAAGGUGCAAGAACGCUUCAUCGGGUCAAGAAACAGCGGUAGAGGAAAGUGAGAGGCCAUGGCGUCGUGAAGGGAGCAAGUACAUUCACAUACAAACUGGUCUCGCCUUCAAUACUGGGGCUUCAGUCGAGAGGUUCCACAACAUCUUCCUCACGAGGGAGAUCGUCUCUCCUAAGAUAGUGAACAAGGACCUCUUCAAAUCGGCGACCUAUGCCCCGAGUAAGUCUCUUUUCCUUCAGCAAGGUUUGCUUCGUUUCAUCCAUUUGGCGCAUGAAUUCUUUUGUCCAAAUCUUAUACGUCAAUUUUAUGCAAAUCUUCGUACCACUAAGGGAGACUCGCCAUCUCUCAUUUCCUAUGUUGACGGCAAAACCGUUUUCAUUGACGGUGCUGGUUUGACUUCUCUGUUUGGCCUUCGUCGCGGUGAAAUUACCGAAAACUUGGAUGAAACAUUCCAAGAUGAGGCAAUUUGGCCACAACUCGGUUUUGUUGGCUUUGAAAUGCCGGUUGUUAGGAUGCCGGCAUUUCGAACGGGGAUGGUUGGAUAUUCCGUCCUCGCUAAGUCGACUCUCGGAAGGUGGAAGGACAAGGCGUCAGGGGCUAAUGCAGUCGGUUUUAGGAUGGCUCUAAGUGGGUGGGAUGGUUGGCUACGGUUUUCUUGGGUCUUGCAUGGAACUCAUCGACGCGACUGUCAUGGGCACCAGGCAUUCGCUGGUGGGCUGACUGCUGAGUUAAAAACUUGGCCUUUGGUCUGUUUGAUCCUUGCUGUAGCAGUGAAAACUUGCCGUGAAAGCCUUUUCAAUUUGGUGGGUUCCGCCUUUGUCUGCAAUGGUUUCCUUUGUUCUCUACCCUUUCGGUGGCGUCCUUACGUUCCAACUGCUGAGUUCUGUCGUGUGCCUGCUUGUGUGGGAACCAAAGGGUUGGCAUUCGAUUGACGCCAUGGCACCGCUUGUGGUACACUAUCUGUUGUCUCUUUUCCGGAAAGUUUUGGCCCAUUGGUUGUUGUUGAGUACUCGGGUUUGGUACACUAACGGGCACUGGUUAAGAA